UCUAUCGCGACACAUUAGUCAGCUUACACCGGGUAAUGGAUUAAAAUGUUAACACUCGCAUGGCGACGGACGGCAUCAACUAAUAGCCGGGCGGAGCCCGCUCGCUUGCUAAGUGUGGCGUUUCUCGGGGCAGAAAGUCGGCAGCAAACCCCGGGGUGCAGCGUCAGUGGACUGAGGCACAGCGUUACUAUCCACACGCCAUCCAGUUACCGGCGCCGGCUCCUGAAGCCCCCGGCGGCCCGCUACUGCUUCAGUCCAUCUGCUUGUCUGAGCAUGGCAUCAGGGAGCGAGGGGCCUGUCGUGCCGCCGUCCACCUCUAACGGACACAACAACAGGUUGAUCAAGGAGAGGUCCCCCUACCUACUGCAGCAUGCACACAACCCUGUUGACUGGUAUCCUUGGGGACAAGAUGCCUUUGACAAAGCCAAGAAUGAAGACAAACCCAUCUUCCUAUCGGUGGGCUACUCAACAUGUCACUGGUGCCAUGUGAUGGAGAGGGAGUCUUUUGAGGAUGAGGAAAUUGGCAGAAUUCUUAGUGAGAACUUUGUCUGCAUCAAAGUAGACCGUGAGGAGAGACCUGAUGUGGACAAGGUCUAUAUGACCUUUGUACAGGCAACAAGUGGGGGUGGUGGAUGGCCAAUGAGUGUAUGGUUGACACCUGACCUACGACCCUUCAUUGGGGGCACCUACUUUCCUCCCAGGGACAGCGGGAGAAGACCUGGGCUCAAAACAAUCCUCACCAAGAUCUUGGAAAAGUGGCAGAAUAAUCGUGCUGCUUUGGAGUCCAGCGGGGAGAGAGUCCUAGAAGCCCUAAAGAAAGGGACAGCUGUUGCUGCAAAGCCAGGGGAGACCCCUCCCCUCGCCCCUGAUGUGGCCAGUCGCUGCUUCCAGCAGUUGGCUCAUUUGUAUGAGGAUGAGUAUGGUGGCUUCAGGGUGGCCCCAAAGUUCCCCACGCCAGUGAAUCUAAUGUUUUUGAUGUCAUACUGGGCUGUGAACCGCUCCACCUCAGAAGGGGCUGAAGCCCUCCAGAUGACCCUACACACACUCCGUAUGAUGGCCCUAGGAGGCAUACAUGACCACGUGGCGCAGGGUUUUCAUCGAUACUCUACAGAUUCCUCCUGGCAUGUGCCCCACUUUGAGAAGAUGCUGUAUGACCAGGCUCAGCUGGCUGCAGCAUAUAUAACUGGCUACCAGGUAUCGGGUGAGCAAUUCUUUGCUGAUGUAGCCAGGGAUAUUCUACUCUAUGUCUCCAGAGACCUGAGUGACAAGUCAGGUGGCUUUUACAGUGCGGAGGAUGCUGACUCUGUCCCCGCGUCGGGCGGGCCAGAGAAGCGGGAGGGAGCUUUCUGCGUGUGGACGUCCUCAGAGGUGCGAGAGCUGCUGCCUGACAUGGUAGAGGGGGCUACCCCUGGGACCACACAAGCAGACAUCUUCAUGCAUCACUAUGGGAUCAAGGAGCAAGGCAAUGUGGACCUGGAACAGGAUCCCCAUGGGGAGCUCCAGGGCCAGAACGUGCUCAUCGUGCGUUACUCUGUAGAGCUGAUCGCAGCACGCUUCGACAUAAGCGUAGAGAAAGUUAAUGACCUACUGGCCUCUGCCAGAACCAAGUUGGCGGAAGUGAGGAAGAGCCGGCCACGCCCACAUCUGGACACCAAGAUGCUGGCCUCCUGGAAUGGCCUGAUGCUUUCCGGCUACGCUCGCGUUGGGGCUGUACUGGGGGAUAAGGCGCUGCUGGAGAGGGCAGUGCAGGCCGCCAACUUCCUAAAGGAGCACCUGUGGGACGCUGAACGGCAGAGCAUCCUCAGAUCCUGUUACCGCAGCGACGACAUGGAAGUGGAACAGAUAUCCUCGCCUAUCUGCGGUUUCCUGGACGACUAUGCCUUCGUGGUGUGUGGCCUGCUGGACCUGUAUGAGGCCACGUUGCAGACGGAGUGGCUUGAGUGGGCAGAAGAGCUGCAGCUCAGACAGGACCUCCUCUUCUGGGACGCCCAGGAUGGGGCGUACUUCUCUAGCAAUGCCAAUGAUGCCACCGUGCUGUUGCAGCUCAAAGAGGAUCAAGAUGGUGCAGAGCCCAGUGCUAACUCUGUAUCGGCGUUCAACCUUCUGCGCCUGUCUCAGUACACGGGAAGAACGGAGUGGCUCCAGAGGUCCGAGCAGCUGCUGGCUGCUUUCUCUGACCGCCUCACCAAGAUCCCUAUUACACUUCCUGAAAUGGUCCGGGGACUCAUGGCCCAGCACUACACGCUUAAACAGAUUGUUAUCGCUGGUCAGAGGGAUGCCCCAGACACCAACAGUCUGCUAGCAGUGGUCAACUCCCUCUUUCUUCCACAUAAGGUCUUGAUACUGGCAGAAGGGGACGAGCAGAGCUUCCUGUACCAGCGCCUGCCUUUCCUCUCUUCUUUGUCGACUCAGCAGGGCGGUGCUGCCACCGCCUAUGUCUGCCAGGACUUCACCUGUGCCCUGCCCGUCACCGACCCCCAGGAGCUGCGCAGGCUGCUGCUGGACGGACACACGGAGGCGCAGGAUGACUGACAAGACAGACAGACAGACAGAGACGAAGACGCAUUCCGUAGUCCUUGUAGCCUAUCCAGUCUGCAAUCCAAAGCCUGCUUAGGUUUCAGCUAGCUGCGAACCCUCACCCACUCCUAGCUAACCUGAAGUUAGCUCACUUUUGCUUUUUUGUGGCUAGCUAGUCUAUCUCUGCCACAUUAGCAGCUCAUGUUUUGUAACAUACCUGCACCGCUUGCAACCCCUCACCCAGCCCCGUGCUUCCUCACAGGGCAGGCAACAGUGAAUAGGGGCCGAUUAAGGGUCCGGAGCUCUGAAGCUGAUGUGAUACCACUGCUAGCCUACUCUAUUAUAGCGAUCCAUUACCACUACUAUAACAUAUUCCUUUAUUAGCCCCCGGAGGCAUUCACAGAGGAGCCGUGCUGAAGCUCAAAUGUAGAUGGCACGUCAAAGUCAGGGGAUAUCGCCGGCGCCCAACCUUGUAAAGACACGUGCACGCGGGCACCAGCUCGCUUAGCUGCAAAGAUGUCCACCUUUCUAGCUCGAGACAUAUUUCCUGGCUAGCCAGACUGUCUGGUAGUGAGCCGUGGAGUCCCUUAAGGCUGUUGUGGUCUAGCAGCACUGCACUAGCAAGAAUUGCACUGGUAGUCUUUGGUGGGUGAAUGCACAGUGUUGUCGCGUCCUCCUCUCGUGUUCCAUGUCCCACAUUUCCCGUCGCAUGGAUCUGACAGUGUAAGCGUGCUUUUUGUGUGCACAUGUGGGUAUGAAUGUGCGGGUGGGUAGUUCGGUGUGUUGACUUCCCCGGUAUGAAUGCAUCCAUGUAUGUAUUUGUGAAGGGCAGUGCGAUUUGGUGUGUGUGUGGGCGCGCGCGGGCGUGUGUGCGUGUGUACAUUGGAGCAUUCAUGUCAAGUCAGUUUUAUUUUGUAGAGCCCGAUAUCACAAAUUACAAAUUUGCCUCAAAGGGCUUUACAGCAACACAACAUCCUGUCCUUAGACCCUCACAUCGGGUAAGGAACAACUCCCUAAAAAACCCUUUAACAGGGAGAAAAAAUAGGAAGAGAGGAAUGAGCUGCCUUCUAAUGAGCUUCCCUAUCUGCUCCUGCCCCUCCGUACUGGGGACUACCUGCGAUACUCCGCAGCACGAGAUGCUUUCACCAUAGCAUAGUCACAAGAUUGAUUCUCUGAUUAAUAAGGCAGAAAUGAUAAUGCAGGCCAUGUAUACACACACGUGCUAUCUUGAACAAUAAAGACACCUAAU